UUGACUCGCAGAGGACACGGACCCCAUGGCAAUGGAUUGGGUUACAGGCCCAGGACUUUCCCUGACUAACUGCUCCACAUCGCCACAUAAAGUCCACACCAGCAGCUGUCUUUCUCAGCAAACGACACCUCUUGACUCCCACUCUCGCAAGUGUGUUUCUUCAUUUAAGGCCGCGUAGUAGAAAGGCAUGUUCCCAGGCUCCUCCCCGCUCCCUAUUCUCCUUUCACACACCGGCACACCCCCGGCUUCUGUUAUGGCCGACGCUGCGUGCACGUCGGCAUUCACCAGACAGCUCCGGCAUGUCACUCUCCCUGACAGCACAGGACACACACGAACACGCUGAGGACGACAAAGUGGGGACCUCUUCAGACAAAGUGGGGACGUCUUCAGACAAAGUGAGGACGUCUUCAGACAAAGUGAGGACCGCUUAAGACAAAGCGGGGACCGAUCAAAGGAGACAUUCAAGAACCGAGACGUCAACAGUCCAGCUGAGAAUGUGACGACAAGACAGGCGGACAGGAUGGAAAGACAAAACGGAAACAUGUCGCCUUUCAAAGCAAAUGAGAACUCCAUGAAAGGCAAACCUGCGUACUCGGUGGAAACCCCUUACGGUUUCCGUCUAGACUUGGACUUCCUGAAAUAUGUGGAUGAUAUCGAGAAAGGGAAAACCAUAAAAAGAGUCCCCAUUCAUCGUCGAAGCAAAGGCCCUUUGGCUAACACUCUUCCCCGGCACCUUCACCCCUCAGGCUACCGCCCGAGCGCUUGGGGAUCGACCGGAGCCCUCGGCCCCAGGUCUCGACCGCCCGAUGACCGUCAUCAUGGCGCUUCCUGGUUGUUCGAUUACAGGAAGCCCGUUUCUCUGAGAGGAUUAGCAGAAAUGGAGGCCAAGAUCAGAGAUUUUGAUGAGCAGCCCUUGGGCGAGCAUAUCCGACCUCAUCUCCUCCGAGCCUCCAGUCUGCCGCUCACGGUGUUGCUGAGACAAGGAUCGGAGUCGACGGAUGAACUCCGCAGUCCUUGCGGUUCAAGGGAUCACCUCGGAGGCAGAAAUAGCUCCUGUGAAGACAUCUUUGACGUCCCUCGGGACUGUUCAGGCCUGGUAAGGCGCCUGACGCAAGCUCUUGAACAUGUGGAGGAGCUGGAGAAGGAAGUUCAGGUCAUUCCAGACCUCAGAGCUCAGAUCAGUUUUCUCCAGGAGGAAAAAGAAAGACUGCGCUCGAAAAUUCACACGGCAUCCUUGAACGGUACUACCGCCCACCCCGUCUCCGCCGAAAACAAAAGGCCGCGGCAUGAACGGUGCGGCAACGGUCAAGAGUCGAAUCCCGCGCACGGGUGGAGGGCGAGCGCAGAUCUGGACGAGCUGCUGACGGUCACCUCCCUCCAAGCCAAAGUCGCCGCGCUGGAGCAGAAGCUCCACGAGACGGAGCUUGAACUCCAGAAGGUCGCAGGGAGGCUGAGGCAGCAGCAACAAGAGGGCAGGAGCAAAGAGGAACAGAUCGAACACCUCACCGCACGCCCCGGGGUGUGGGUUUCCGCGGAGCGGGUGGUGGUGGACCAGGAGGGGGAGGAGAUGACAAAUGUAGAAAGUUCACGGCUGCCCGCGGAUGCUGGGGCUCACACUUUGGACACGGCCGUGGUGGUCCACCACAUACAUCGAAUCAAGCGGCUCUUGGAUCAGCAGUGGAAGUGUUUGAGCACCACAGACGAGGAGCUGACCAGCCCGAGAGUGAUCUCCGUGCAGCAGGAGAUGAUGGACCUCAUCGACGUCCUGACAUCCCACUACACGCGGUCUGAGCGCAACCGUGGACAGAGUCUUCAACACCAAGAUGGUGAAUGCGGCACGGAGACCAUCGCCGGAGCUUGGACUUCCAACGCUGCUGAUGAAGGGUACAAAACCAGUGCCAGCGACAAGCCGGUCGGGCCGAGUCGUGUCCACAAGAUGGCUCGUCGUGAGGUCGGCACCAGGCCUUGGGAAACGGACGCAGACCCAGCAAAGGCCUGGACCGAGGAGAGCGGAGAAGUGAGCCAAGACGGGUCGGGACGGACAGAUGGAGAGGUGGCAUCCGUGGACGUGGCCAAGGUGAAACCGAUGCCGACGGGAGAACAGAUGGAGGGAAACUCUGAGCCCGGAACAACCAAAGGCAGCGAGACUGUGAAUGCCGACUUUAUGGCUGCGUGCCAGUUCCUCAACGAUCACAUGGACGACAUAGAGGACCCGACUGAGGACACGAAGAAGGCCCUGGUCGUGCUCUUUCAGGAGUGGUUUGGUGCGGCGGCGGAGGACGAUUCGGUGGCCAGCAGGGUGGCGGCGUACCUGAAGGAGGUCCAGAAGACCACACCGUCCCUCAUGGCCUUCCUCGUCAACCUGGCCGACGAUAACGGCAACACGGUUCUGCACUACAGCGUUUCUCACAGCCACUACAGUAUAGUCAGUCUGCUGCUGGACUCAGGCGUGAGUGACGUCAACUUCCAGAACAAGGCGGGCUACACCGCAGUGAUGCUGGCCUGUCUGACGGUCCCUGACAACCCAAGUGACGUGGAGGUGGUCCGCAGGCUCAUGGGGCUCGGCGACGUCAACGUCCGAUCCGAACAGACGGGCCACACCGCUCUGCACCUGGCGGUGAGACACGGACGGGUGGCGAUGGUCCGCCUGCUGCUGAGCUGCGGGGCGGACGCCGACCACCAGGACGGUCAGGGGACUACGGCCCUGAUGUUUGCCUGCGAGAGGGGACACACGCACAUCGCCAGGCUGCUGCUGGAGAGGACCCGGUGCCGACUCAGCCUCACUGAUCAGGGCGGUCGCACCGCACUCGCCAUCGCCGUGCAAGGUUGCCACGGCGACACGGCCGCCCUUCUGCAGGCCCACGCCAGGACUCCGGCUCUCUAGCGACCUCAUUUUUCACAAAAGCAUGCUCCCUAUUUUACAACUCACCCUCCUUAUUAAAUCCAAACAAAAGGCAAUCUUCCCGAUGCCCCUGAAGGCAACACCCGGGGUUGGGACGAAGAAUCGGAAACCUUUCGGGUUUGACUAAAACCCGCACGCAGGUACUAUCUUCACACCUGUGCAUUGUUGAAAUAGUCCCAUUUUGUUGAAAUGUUGUAAUAAAUCGGUUAUAACUCU